AGAGCCAUUUCGUUCGCGAACGACCCAUCACUAUUGCGCGCUCCCGACGGAGGGGAAACGGGGGAUAACUACUAAAACUCAGAGAGAUUAUAACGGAUCAAUAAAAAUCUGCUGAUAACAGCGUGAUUGAUCUGCAGCAGAAUGAACAGCGCAGCUAUGUAUCCACCUGUCAUGGCACCCCAAGCCAACAUGUUUGGCAAUGUCCCAGGCUAUGAAGGCACUGUGCCAGGAGGAGGAGGUUUCCUGCCCCCUCCCAUGCCCACGGAGCCAGUAGCCCCACCCCAACCUGCCCCUGAAAAUCCUGAAUGGAGCAUCCCCUCUCUUUCUGAGGAUGAGGCUCGUAAGGCAUUCAAGGAAUUUGUGUCGUCUCAUUGCUGCUACAGUGACGCUCCGGUCACUCAGGGAGUCAUCACCUCCAUGGAGCCAUUCAACACAUUUAGGUACCGUCUAGAGACGUUCACUGAGUCCAGGUCAACUGAGUGGGCCCAGAAACCAUAUGAAGGUGAGCCUGCUGACUUUUACACCCAACCUGCUCCACAACCGUGGGAGGUCCAGGCCACGCCCCCCAAUCUCUUCAGUGACCAUAAAGUGAAGAUCCGGGUGCCAUUCACAUCCUCUGUCAAGGAAUGCAACACCUGCCAUGCAACAGGUGUAGAGCAAUGCACUGAGUGCAAUGGAUGUGGAAAAAAAGCUUGCUGGGUGUGUGAUGGCACUGGAGUGAAGUUGGAUGCGGCCUGCAGUCACUGCAAUGGCACAGGCAAAGAAAGUUGUAGUAAGUGUAAUGGCAGAGGGAAAAAGGAGUGUCAAACCUGUAAAGGAAAACGCCAACUGCUGACCUACAUCGAGCUCAAAGUGGAGUGGAAAAACAAUGUGGAAGACCACGUGGUGGAGCAUAACUCUGGUUUAAAGACUGAUAAGCUGUGCUCAGUGAAUGGGAAGGAGCUGUUCAAGAACAGCCAGAACUUGGUUUACCCGCUGUUUGGGUUUCCAAACCCAGGAGUCUCUCAGGCCUCUGACCGUCUGAUCAAAGAACAUCAAACGAAGUAUGGCCAAACCUCCAGGAUUCUGCAGCAGAGGCAGACGGUCGAGCUGAUCCCCAUCACCAGGGUGAACUACGAGUGGAAAGACAACACCCACGCCUACUAUGUGUACGGCAACGAACACAAAGUCAAUGCUGACGACUAUCCAGCAACCUGCUGCUGCGUCAUCCUGUAGACUGUUCUCUUCUUUUAACAUCAGCGCAUGAAAUGUUUAUUAAAAUAAUUGUUUUCAUUUGAUUUAUGAAAGCCAAAACAGCAUCCCACAUCAUACCAAAGUAAACAUGGUGGUGGGAGUGAAUUAAAUUAAGGAUUUGAAGUAGCUUAGUCAAAGUCCAGACUGAAAUUCAUUUCAGAUGCUUUGGCAUAGUCUUAAAUAUGCCAAAAUCACGAGUUAGAAUCUCAGUGGUCAGGGGUCACGCUUUCUGAAAAUCUUUGUCUACAGUCGCCAGUAUUUUAGCAUGCCAUGUCCCCCUCUGGACUUUUUUAUUCUUUUCUUUUUCAUGUUCAUUGAAGCAUAUCAUACAGUGUCUGUUGCAUUUGCUAAACAUCCUACAUAUGUAAAAGAAACGAGGAUCAAUAUAAAGGUUAAUUAUUGCUUAGCUCUAAGUCUCUAUGAAAAGCUUCUAUAUUUGCUUUUUUAUUCACAUGUUUUUCUGACAGUCUGUCUUGUAUUUAAAUGCAUUCUGGGAGAAGGAAGGAAGGA